CCCCGUCCUUACCAGACACCAGACCAACCUCGUUGCCUUCCAUCACGCAGGCUUUCUCUUCUCUUUCGAUUUUUUUCUCCUUAUAAAAAUCUCGUCUUUCUGCAUCUCCCUCCAGCUACCACCGAAAUUUUCAAUUGAAUUUCACGCUGGAGGUAACUGAUUAAUCAAGGUACACUGAAAAUGGCUCUUACCAACUCAUGCAUUCUGCCCAACAAGUCCUUGGUUCAUCAUCACCAGUCAUCUAUUCUCACCAAACGAAGACCGUCGAUCCUCCCCAUCUCUGCGGUCCAUGCCGCCGAGCCUGCAAACAACCCCGUUGUCUCUGAUAAACCGCAGAAGCAGCAGCAGCAGGUGUCUUCAUCGUCUUCGGCCGCGACGAAAACUGCCACAGUAACAACAACGACGACGAAGACCGACAAUGUGGUUAGGGGGAAAUGGACCGUGGACAGCUGGAAAUCGAAGAAGGCGCUGCAGCUUCCGGAAUAUCCGGAUCAGGAGGAGCUGGAGUCGGUUCUCAAGACCCUCGAAAACUUCCCACCCAUCGUGUUCGCCGGAGAAGCCAGGAGCUUGGAGGAUCGUCUGGCUGAGGCCGCCAUGGGCAACGCCUUCCUAUUACAAGGUGGUGACUGUGCCGAGAGCUUCAAGGAGUUCAAUGCCAAUAACAUCCGAGACACCUUCAGGAUUCUCCUCCAGAUGGGCGCCGUCUUGAUGUUUGGUGGUCAAAUGCCUGUUAUCAAGGUGGGGAGAAUGGCGGGUCAGUUUGCGAAACCGAGAUCAGAGGCGUUCGAGGAGAAAAACGGAGUGAAAUUGCCGAGUUACAGAGGGGACAAUGUGAACGGAGACAGCUUCGACGCCAAGGCCAGAAUUCCAGAUCCUCAGAGGAUGAUUAGAGCCUACUGUCAAUCUGCGGCUACUUUGAAUCUCUUGAGAGCUUUUGCAACUGGAGGUUAUGCGGCCAUGCAGAGAGUUACCCAGUGGAAUUUAGAUUUCACCGAGCACAGUGAGCAGGGAGAUAGGUAUCGGGAACUAGCUCAUCGUGUUGAUGAGGCUCUUGGAUUCAUGGCUGCUGCUGGUCUCACAGUUGACCAUCCAAUCAUGACCACAACAGAGUUCUGGACAUCUCAUGAGUGCUUGCUCUUGCCAUAUGAGCAGGCACUCACCAGGCUAGACUCAACUUCUGGCCUUUACUAUGACUGCUCUGCUCACAUGCUUUGGGCAGGGGAGAGAACUAGACAGCUUGAUGGCGCCCAUGUUGAGUUCCUAAGAGGAGUUGCGAAUCCCCUCGGCAUUAAGGUAAGUGAUAAGAUGGAUCCAAAUGAACUAGUCAAGCUCAUUGAGAUUUUGAAUCCUCAGAACAAAGCUGGAAGGAUAACAAUAAUUACAAGAAUGGGUGCUGAGAACAUGAGGGUGAAACUUCCCCAUCUAAUUAGGGCAGUUCGCCGUGCUGGGCAAAUUGUCACAUGGGUUAGUGAUCCUAUGCAUGGUAACACCAUAAAGGCUCCCUGUGGUCUCAAGACCCGCCCCUUUGAUGCCAUCAGGGCGGAAGUAAGAGCAUUCUUUGACGUGCAUGAACAAGAAGGAAGCCACCCCGGAGGAGUCCAUCUCGAGAUGACAGGCCAGAAUGUGACGGAAUGCAUUGGUGGUUCACGAACUGUAACUUUUGAUGACUUGGGUUCUCGCUAUCACACCCACUGUGAUCCUAGGCUCAAUGCAUCACAGUCGCUUGAGCUUGCCUUCAUCAUUGCUGAACGCCUUCGAAAGAGGAGGAUCGGAUCACAGCAUCGUGUAGCCUCUAUCGGGCUGUAGAGUGGCUUCAAAACCACCAGCAUAUAUGUUCUUUUUUCUCGUAACUUACCAGUGACUGUUUUAGUAAUUUAGUUAUGGGGAUUUUCUCAAGUUAAAUAUUCUAUCUACCGUGUAUGGUGUGUGUGUGUAUACUUGAAGAACGUGACUGUUUGAAGUUUAACUUGAAGCAACAAAGAAUAAAGGAUACACCAUGAAUGAGAUACAAAAUGGGUUGACCCCCGGUUUGAAA